GACUUCAUUUGCAUUGAAUCCAACAUCAUUUGCCUAACUUCCAAAAUCCCAUAUCCCUGAGUCUCGCGAAUCUCAUAAGAAGAAGACGACCAAUUGCAGAAAAAUAUACAAAUGGGCUUUUCAAUCAGCAACAGUUCAUCCAAUGAGUCCCAUUCCCAACACCAUACUCUCAAAGUUUUCCUUUUCUGCAACUACAUCUUAAUAGGUGCAGCCUCCAGUUGCACUUUCCUAACUCUCUCUCUUAGACUAAUCCCAUCUCUCUGCGGAUUCUUCUUGAUUCUCCUCCACAUCUUGACUAUAGCAGGGGCGAUUUCCGGCUGUGCAGCGGCUUCCUCUGGUGCAGGAAAAUGGUAUGGAACUCACAUGGUUUCUACAGUUUUAACCGCAAUCUUCCAAGGCUCUGUUUCAGUUCUUAUCUUCACGAGAACCAGCGAUUUUCUUGGAAAUUUGAAGUCCUAUGUGAGGGAAGAUGAUGCUGCCUUGAUACUUAAACUGAGUGGGGGAUUGUGCGUUGCAAUUUUCUGCCUAGAGUGGGUGGUUCUAACGCUUGCAUUUUUCUUGAAGUAUUUCGUUUAUGCAGAUGGUGAUAGUAGUAAUGGUGGUGCUAGUGGAACAAAUGGGAUGAGGAGAAGUGCUAAGGUUCAAGAUCAGGAGGAUUUGAAGGAUUGGCCAUGGCCAUUCCAGGUCUAACUAGUUGGAAAAUCAUAUGUUGGAGAUAUGUUAAACUUUGUUGCUUGAUGCAGUUAAUGAAUUGAUUCUUUUAUUGGUUUUUAGGGGAUUGAAUAAUUUUAUGAGAUGUAGUUGCAAAUGAUUGCACUAUGCUACUAUAAGAUAUCUACUACAUAUGAUUCUGCAUUUCUACACUCUGUGCGUACCCCAUUGUGAAGGGAAUGUUGCAAUUCUGCAACUUUUUGA